AUGAUGUGCGAGGUGAUGCCCACGAUCAGCGAGGGGGACCCUCUGGGCCCCCCACAGGGCUCUGAGGCGGAUGCCGACUUCGAGCAGCUGAUGGUGAACAUGCUGGAUGAGAGGGACAAGCUGCUGGACACCCUGCGGGAGACCCGUGAGACGCUCUCUGUCACUCAGAGCCGCUUGCAGGAGACUCUACGGGAGCGUGACCAGCUCCAGAGGCAACUCAGCUCAGCCCUCCCACAGGAGUUUGCAACGCUGACGCGGGAGCUCAGUGCGUGCCGGGAGCAGCUCCUGGAGAGGGAAGAGGAGAUCUCAGAGCUGAAAGCCGAGCGCAAUAACACCCGGCUCUUGCUGGAGCACCUGGAGUGCCUGGUGUCGAGGCAUGAGCGGUCCCUGAGGAUGACCGUGGUCAAGCGUCAGGCCCAGUCACCAUCUGGGGUUUCCAGUGAGGUCGAGGUGCUCAAGGCGCUCAAGUCACUCUUUGAGCAUCACAAGGCGCUAGAUGAAAAGGUCAGGGAACGCUUGCGAGCAGCUUUGGAGCGAGUGGCAACCUUGGAGGAGCAGCUCGUGGAUGCCCAUCGUCAGGUGGCAGCUUUGCAGCAAGGUGCCCCGCGGGAGGCCCCAGCAGGUGAGAGGGAUGAGAGGGAACCCAAGGAGCCAGCACAGAAGCAUCCUUGGAAGCGGCUCUCCAAUGGCUCUGUCCACCCGGACGAUGAAGCAGGUCAGGCGGUGGAGCUGCAGGAGCUCCUGGAGAAGCAGAAUUUCGAAGUGGUCCAGGCCAAGGAGCGCAUCUCUGCAUUGGCUGCCAGCGUCGCUGAGCUGGAGGAGGAUCUGGGCACCGCCAGGAAGGAUCUGAUCAAAUCAGAGGAGAUGAGCAGCAAGUACCAGAGGGACCUCCGAGAGGCCCUGGCUCAGAAAGAGGACAUGGAGGAGAGGAUCACCACACUGGAGAAACGCUACCUGGCAGCCCAGCGAGAAGCCACCUCCAUCCACGACCUCAAUGACAAGCUGGAAAGCGAGUUGGCCAACAAGGAGUCCCUGCACCGCCAGUGCGAGGAGAAAGCCCGUCAUCUGCAAGAGCUGCUGGAGCUGGCGGAGCAGAAGCUGCAGCAGACGAUGCGAAAGGCAGAGACGCUACCCGAGGUGGAAGCAGAGCUGGCCCAGCGCAUCGCCGCACUCACCAAGGCAGAAGAGAGGCACGGGAGCAUCGAGGAGCACCUCCGGCAGCUGGAGAGCCAGUUAGAGGAGAAGAACCAGGAGCUGGCCAGG